AUGAAAACGUGCAGAGCUUCCCCCCUGGACUACUUGAAGGAGAGAGCAAGUCACUAUGGGUAUACUCACAUUGCCCGAAUUGAGACCAGUGGAUCUGAUGUCGACCUGAAUGCUGUAUCACGGAAGCCUGUUUGCCCAUUGAGGUAUGACAUCUUGGUACUUCCCGGAUAUUUCACGCAGGUCGAUGACCCUGCAGCGGUUUACAGAGCUUUGUCGCAGCACUUGCGAAGCAAAUUGCCUGGUGUGGGAAUGAACGAUGUAGUUUGGGUGGAAGAUCCACACACUCUGCGGCAAGAGCUCAGAUCUGCUGCCAAUUCCAAUUGCGGCCUGUUUUGCAGUGAGCUGGAGAAACUCCCUUUGGAUGAUUGGCGUCCAGCCUUGAGCAAGGACGAACAGGACAACUACAAGUGCUACCUUGCCAAGCUGGACAUGGAAGGCCCUGCCUGCGACCGCCCUCUCCGGGCAGUGUGCGUCCAACAAAACCCAGACGAGCGGUUUAUGGCCGGGAACGAACACUGCCUCCCGACAUUCACGAAAUCUUCCACAACGCGGGUCAUGCUAACAUCAAAAUACCGAUGGCUCUGUGGCGUUGAGAAGAUGGCUCUUCAUGGGUUUCCAGUUGAUCCCGCCCUAGCUGAAGCCAGUGGCCUGCCGCUUUUGAGCGUUCAGGGACACGCCGGCCUACACCAAUGCUGUGGGAAUGGGAUGAUUGUUGCCAACGUUGGAUUGGUAAUAGUGUCAGCGCUGGCAUCACUUUCUCCCGAAAAGAAAUUUCAAGAUGCUUUGGCAGAGUCUCACAAAGAGUGCGAAACGCUUGGUUUGCCAGAGACUUUGAAGUUCCAUGCUGGUUGGCAGAGAUGGCGUCUGGAUAUCGGAGGCCAAUCUCAUACGUUCGUAUCCAAGGAGGACGCUUUGGAGGCGCACAGGGUGGUCACCAACGCUCGUCAAGGUUUCAACACCAAGACCGUGAAGGAUUUGAACGUGAUUUUGACCAAUGCUGGUGUCAAAGCGGAGAGGACUAAGCCAAAGGCGAUCGAAGCAGUUGUCCGGCACUCCUUCCGAACCUCUGGCAUUCCAUGCCAUUGUUGUUCAGCCAAG